AUGUGGAAUGCACUGCUGGACAAGGUUAUGGAAACAGGGUCAACGGAGACGUUCCAGAGAGAAUUGCAUUGUCAUCUGAAAAGGAAGACUGUUCAGGAUUAUGGGGAUCAGGCAGGAAAUGAGCAGAAUUUGAAUCUCGUACCCUGCAGAAACUGUGGAAGAAAGUUUGAACAAGCGAACCUGGAAAGACAUGAACCCAUUUGUAGCAAAGUUACUAACAAGAAAAAAAAAGUCUUCAAUUCGUACAAGCAGAGAGUCGCUGGGACAGAAGUUUCAUCAGUGAGAGGUCUAUCAGCUGCCAAGAUGCCUCAACCUGUGUCACAUUGGAAACAACAGCAUGAAGACUUCAUCAACACCAUCAGGUCAGCUAGACUCGCCACAGAUGCUGUUAAAAAGGGACUUCCUCUUCCCCCUCCACCACCUGCCAGCAUCAACCCAGAUUACAUCGAGUGUCCGUACUGUAACAGGCGUUUCAACGAAACAGCUGCCGAGCGACACAUCAGCUUCUGCAAAACCAACGUCAACCGCAAAGUUGUGGCCAGGCACGACCCGACGCCGUCCUCCUUCCAUCCUCAAGCUCCCCCUCCCCCAGCACAAGUGCAGCUGGCCUCAAAGCAGCCUACAAGACCAAUGCGGGCCCCAGCUAUACCAUCCACCUCAUACCAGGCACCGCGAGGGCCUCCAGUUCAACCAGUACCUCCAAUACGGACAGCACAGGCUGUACAUUCACGCCCCGUAACACUUCCAGCACCUUCGGCAGUAGGUUCUCCAUCAAGAGGCAAGCUGUCUUCAGCUGCCCAGGCUGUCAUGGGAGUCAGAGCAGACUACAAUGAUCCAUCCACCAGUCGGCCAUCAGCCAACAUGAGAGGACCACCUGAAGCAAGAGGACCACCUACUACACAGCAGUGA